AUGCAUUCCGCGUCGGAGCCUGAGAGAAUGGAGGAAGAAGAACAACCACGUGAAGGAGGAGGAGGGAGCAAUUCGCUAAAGAGGAAAUUCUCUGAAAUCGAUGGAGAUCAAACUCCUGACUGUUCCUCUUCUCCUAUGAUGAUCGACUCUAAUGGCAGUUAUGAGUCGAAAGUGUACGAGGUUGCCAAGGAGAGGAACACAAUUGCUCUUCUGGAGACAGCAACUGAUAAGUCACAGAUAGUCAACAUGAUUGUCAAAGGCAUGAGAUCUUCUAAUGCUGCCAAAAGAUUGAUAAUUUUCUUGGCCCCAACUGUAAAUCUUGUCAAACAGCAAUGCUGUGAGAUCAAAGCAAAUGUAAAUCUGAAGGUUGAAGAGUACUUUGGAGCUAAAGGAGUUGAUAAAUGGACAUCCCAGCGCUGGGAAGAAGAACUUAGCAAGCACGAUGUUAUGGUAAUGACUCCUCAAAUACUUUUGGAUGCCCUCAGAAGUUCCUUCAUGCAACUAGAGAUGGUACAUCUUCUAGUAAUCGAUGAAUGUUACCGCACCACAGGCAAUCAUCCCUAUGCGAGAUUAAUGAAGGAAUUCUAUCACAAAUCAACUGAUAAACCGAAGAUAUUUGGUUUGACUGCAUCAGGAUUCGUUAGAAAAGAUCAAGUAUUUGAACUUGAGAGCCUCUUGGACUCAAAGAUUUUUAAUCAUGAAGAGCAGAAAGGGGUGGAAAUUUUUGCUACAACAGUAAAAGAGGGUCCAAUAUUUUAUGAUCCAUCACCUUUCUCUACUCUUGAAUUGAAAGAAAAGCUAGAAACAUUGAAGCUCAAGUUUGGUGCUUCUUUAUCAAGGCUUCAAGAAAUGGAAAAAGACCGGUUUCCCGACAUGGAGGAUAAGUUUCAGACAUAUCGAAAGCGGUUGUCCAUUGACUACAGUGAGAUUUUGCAUUGCCUUGAUAAUCUC